UCUAAACAAAAAAGAAGAAAGUUAGGUUAGGAAAAGAAAUUUAAUAUAAUAGUUGUUUUAUUUAAAUUGUUUGCAAACUACAUUGACUAAAAUAUGCUGCCGGUAAGACUCGUCCAACCUAUGCUAGCCAGAAACUAUAAGACCAUUUAUAAAGUACAACCUUUAGUAUAUUAUUUAUCAUCAAAACGCCAUCAGUCCACCAAGCAAAAGGAGAAAAGCUUGACUUCAUCCACUAGAGGAGAUCUAGAUACUAAUGUUAAACCUUUGGGAGAAAAAGUAAAAGAAACUACAAAAACUGUGUCAUAUUUAGGAAUAAUAGCUUUUGGGUUGGUUGUAACGGGUAGUUUAUUUUAUGCUGUCUUCAAUGAACUAUUUUCAAGUAAAAGUCCCAACAAUAUUUAUUCUAAAGCUGUAAAAAAGUGUCUAGCUGAUCAUAGAGUAGAAGAUAAACUAGGAUUACCAAUAACAGCUUAUGGUGAGCAGACUCGUAGGGGUAGGAGGCAGCAUGUCUCACAUGUGGUGUAUACUGGAAGAGAUGGAAGAAAACAUUUAAGAAUGAAGUUUCAUCUAAAAGGAUCUUUUCACUCUGGUACUGUUCAAUUAGAUAUGGCUGAGAAUGAUGCUGGUGACUACGAAUACAGAUACAUAUACCUAGAAGUGGAUGAUUUACUCAAUAAUGUCAUUGUUAUUGAAGAUAACAGACACAAUCUUGCUGCAAUGGAAAAGUCGAAAUCAUUUGAAGAACUGUCACUUUAGUUUUGUUAUUUAAUUUUUACUGUACAUAUUGAAUUAUUCAACAAUAGGCAAUAAAUAGUUGUUUUAUUUUUACAUUGAGCUAGGAAAACUUUUACAUGUUGUAUGACUGAAUAUAAUUUUUAUUUUUAAUUUAUGUAAAUGACUUUUGUGUUUAUAUCGAUUAAAUUGUUGAUAAUUUCAA